AUGCUACUUAAAUUGUUCCAUGAAUUAUCAGGAAGGCUUCGAACAAAAAAUGUCUUUCGAACACAGGAACAGAGUAGCGAAAAAACAGCAGAACCUGUGGACAGUAAAACAGGAGAUACUACCAAAGGGAAAAUCAAGGAGGUGAGAGAAGGAGAGACCCAAGAUGUCACCUCCGAUAUAGAAGAACCUGACGCUGCUGAAAAGCAAAAUUUUGACGAUUACUUGAAUGCACUUGGAGAAAUAGACAAUGAUAAGAACAUAAAUAAAAUAAUACAAAAUACUAUGACAAGAGAUGAGAAGGACAUAGGUAAUCCUGCUGAACAACAACCACCGCUUCUUCGGAAUACCAUGGAAAAUGUUCCGGUAAUGACCAGACGUAUUAUGUUGUUGUUCUAUUGUAGUUGA